CGGCGUCGGCGUGAGAAGCAGAAACAAAAACAGCCCUCGGAUCUGAAUCCCGAGGAAACCGCGGAGGAGAAGUCUUUUACAGCCGGCGCCGCGGUUCCCCUCAUGCAGCACGAUGCCGGCCCGCGUCCACGUAGCUGUUCGUAGCGCAGUGUGAAGAUGCUAGCUAGUUAGCUAGCUUCCUUUUAGCCUCACCGCCUGACAGCCGAGGUCCAGAGCCUGGAGCUAACUUCCUCCGGAGCAAGACAAAACAACCAUGACUCAGACAGUCAGUCUGUGUUCCGUGACCCUCGGGGUGGAGGGUAUGACAUGUGGCUCCUGUGUCCAGUCCAUAGAGCAGCGGAUUGGCUCUCUCCCAGGAGUGAUGCAUAUAAAGGUGUCUCUAGAGCAAAGGAAUGCCACUGUCAUAUUUGACCACAGCCAACAGAGUCCAGAGUCUCUGUCAGAGGCUAUCGAGGACAUGGGCUUUGAAUCAAGUCUAUCUGCGUCCGUCACAGCCACACCGGUCUCUACAGAGACCCAGCUCGUCUCCACCUCAGGCCUGGCACCUGCAGCUCAAGAGGAGGCUUCAGAGAAGCUCUCCCAGAUCCAGGGAGUCCUUGAUGUCAGAGAAAGCCAGGUUCCCAUGGGUCUCACUGUCACCUAUGUUCCCUCCUUGACUUCACCCCUGCAGCUGAAUGAGUUGGUGGCCAGCCUAUCCGCUACGGAGAUCCCUACACCCAGCAGUCCUGUGGAAAAAGGCCCGAAUGUGUCCCCAUCUCAAAGUAGGGCAGGAGAUGUGGCACUCCUGAAGUUACGGAUUGAAGGAAUGACGUGCCACUCCUGCACCAGCACUAUUGAAGGGAAGAUCGGAAAACUGAAAGGGAUUAACAAGAUCAAAGUUGUAUUAGACUCUCAGGAAGCGACAGUCGUCUACCUGACUUACCUCAUCACCGUCCAAACCAUCAUCGACCAGAUUGCCGUGGCCGGCUUCAAAGCUUUUGUCAAGUCCAAGCCCCGCCCUCUGAAGCUGUCCCCCAGUGAAAUCGAACGUUUGGUCGAUUCUCAAAAAACACCUGUGUCUUCACCAUCAGAGACUUCAGAGGAGACAGAAGUCUUCAUAGACAUAACACUUGUCAUGCUCAAAGUUAAGGGCAUGCACUGCCAUUCCUGUGUGGUCAAUAUCCAGGACAAUAUCUCCAUGCUACCUGGUGUCUCCUCUGUGGAGGUCUCUCUGGAGAAGGAGAAGGCUUCCAUCUGCCAUGAUCCUCUAAAGGUCACAGUGCCUCAGUUGCAGCAGGCAAUUGAGGCGCUGCCUCCAGGACACUUCAAAACUCAACCCUGGGACUCAACUGACCCCCUCAGUCCUGUAUCCGUAUCGCCCACGUCUGCCUUAUCAUCGCCUCGGAAUGCAGGAGCAAUCCACGCCAAAGCUGCUGCUGCAAAGCCUUGUUUUACCCAGCCUCUGGCAUCUGUAGUUAAUAUUCACAUUGAGGGCAUGACGUGCAACUCUUGUGUCCAGUCCAUUGAAGGCAUGAUCUCUCAAAGGAAAGGCGUGGUGUCAGCACAGGUCUCUCUGGCUGAUCACCAGGGGAUCUUUGAGUAUGAUCCCCUUUUGACCACACCAAAGGAGCUAAGAGAGGCCGUAGAGGACAUGGGCUUUGACGCCUUCCUACCUGCCACCAAUUCGCUGCUGCCUUCACCAGAGCCCCGUGUCUCAAAGUCUUCAAGUCAAGCACAUGUGAAAGAUAUUGAGAUGGACAGUGACUUAAACAAACAAGGACGCAACAGCGACGAGCAGUCAAAAUGUUACAUUCAGAUUGGAGGGAUGACCUGUGCUUCCUGUGUGGCCAACAUCGAAAGAAACCUUAAGAAUGAACCUGGUAUCUACUCUGUUCUGGUGGCACUCAUGGCCAGUAAAGCAGAGGUGCGUUACAACCCUGAGGUCAUCGAUCCUGUGAAGAUAGCCGAGUGUGUGAAAGAGCUGGGCUUCACUGCCUCUGUGAUGGAGAACUAUGAAGGCUCAGACGGAAACCUAGAACUAGUGGUCAGAGGAAUGACGUGUGCCUCUUGUGUUCACAAAAUUGAAUCCAGCCUUAUGAAAAAAAAGGGGAUUAUAUAUGCCUCUGUUGCCUUGGCAACCAACAAAGCACACGUUAAGUACGACUCAGAAAUUAUAGGCCCACGAGACAUCAUCAAGCAGAUAGAGAAUCUCGGGUUUGAAGCAUCUUUGGUAAAGAGGGAUCGUACUGCCAGUCACCUGGACCACAGCAGAGAGAUACGACAAUGGAGGAAAUCUUUCCUGGUGAGCUUGUUUUUCUGUGUGCCUGUGAUGGGCAUGAUGAUGUACAUGAUGAUUAUGGACCACCAGAUGAGUGUUUCACAUCAGCACAAUGCCACGGUGGAGGACCGCAACCAUUACCAUGCCACCAUGUUCCUGGAGAGACAGCUGCUCCCAGGCCUCUCCAUCAUGAACCUCCUCUCCUUCCUCUUCUGUGUCCCUGUGCAGUUCAUCGGAGGUCGCUAUUUCUACAUUCAAGCUUACAAAGCAGUCAAACACCGAUCUGCCAACAUGGAUGUGCUGAUAGUUCUGGCUACCUCCAUAGCGUUCACCUACUCGCUGGUCAUCCUAAUAGUGGCCAUGGCGGAGAAGGCCAAAAUCAACCCCAUCACCUUCUUCGACACGCCACCGAUGCUCUUCGUCUUCAUCUCGCUGGGACGCUGGCUAGAACAGAUAGCUAAGAGCAAGACGUCUGAGGCUUUGUCCAAGCUCAUGUCUCUACAAGCUACCGAGGCCACAGUGGUCACUCUCAGCAGUGACUCGUCCAUUCUCAGUGAGGAGCAGGUGGAUGUUGAGCUGGUGCAGAGGGGAGACGUGGUUAAAGUCGUCCCCGGGGGGAAGUUUCCAGUGGAUGGCAGGGUCAUUGAAGGGCACUCAAUGGCUGACGAGUCUCUAAUCACAGGUGAGGCCAUGCCAGUGACGAAGAAGCCAGGGAGCAUUGUGAUUGCAGGCUCCAUUAACCAGAACGGCUCUCUGCUCGUCAGUGCUACACAUGUCGGCAUGGACACUACUCUGUCUCAGAUUGUCAAACUGGUGGAGGAGGCUCAGACUUCGAAGGCUCCAAUCCAGCAGUAUGCAGAUAAGAUCAGUGGCUACUUCGUACCCUUCAUUGUUGUCAUAUCCGUGCUGACGCUGGUCGCCUGGAUCAUCAUUGGGUUUUUGGAUUUCUCGCUUGUGGAGAAGUACUUUCCUGGUUAUGACAAGAGCAUUUCCAGGUCCGAGGCAGUGAUUCGCUUUGCCUUCCAGGCCUCCAUAACUGUGUUAUGCAUCGCCUGCCCCUGUUCCCUUGGCUUGGCAACCCCGACAGCUGUCAUGGUGGGCACAGGAGUUGGAGCCCAAAAUGGCAUUCUGAUAAAGGGAGGAGAGCCACUUGAGAUGGCACAUAAGGUACAGAUAGUGGUGUUUGAUAAGACUGGGACCAUCACAUACGGUGCUCCAACCGUUAUCCAAGUCAAGAUGGUUGUGGAGGGGAACAAGAUGCCCCGUUCCCGCCUGCUGGCCAUUGUGGGUACUAGUGAGAACAACAGUGAACACCCUCUGGGUUCAGCUAUCACCAAGUACUGCAAACAGGAGCUUGGCACGGAGUCUCUUGGCACAUGCACAAACUUCCAGGCGGUGCCGGGCUGUGGCAUCAGCUGUCAGGUCAGCAACACGGAGACCCUGCUGAAACAGGAGGACAGCGACAGUGAGGACAACAACCAGCGGAACAGCGUCCUCAUUGAAAUCAGUGACACCCGGACCACCACCAGCUCCCAUCCACUCAUCAUGGACCCACAGCCUCCGAGCUUCGUCCAGACAGCCACUUAUGUUGUGCUGAUUGGCAACAGAGAGUGGAUGAGGAGGAACUGCUUGCAGAUCAGCCCUGAUAUAGAUGAGGCCAUGGUGGAGCAUGAGCGCAGAGGACGCACUGCUGUUCUAGUAGCUGUAGAUGACCUGCUGUGUGCGAUGAUAGCCAUUGCUGACACAGUGAAACCUGAGGCUGAACUUGCCGUACGCACGCUCAUCAACAUGGGGCUGGAAGUUGUGCUGAUGACCGGAGACAACAGCAAGACGGCACGGGCUAUAGCUGCUCAGGUUGGAAUCAAGAAGGUGUUUGCUGAGGUGCUUCCCUCCCACAAGGUGGCCAAGGUGGAACAGCUGCAGCAGGAGGGCAAGAUAGUCGCCAUGGUGGGUGACGGUGUAAACGACUCGCCCGCUCUGGCCAUGGCUGACGUGGGUAUCGCCAUAGGAACUGGGACAGAUGUGGCCAUAGAAGCAGCAGAUGUGGUGUUGAUAAGGAACGACCUCCUGGAUGUGGUGGGGAGCAUUGACCUAUCUAAGAAGACUGUCAAGAGGAUCAGGAUCAACUUUAUAUUUGCUCUGAUCUACAACCUGGUUGGCAUUCCUCUCGCUGCUGGCAUCUUCCUUCCCAUUGGUCUGGUGUUACAGCCAUGGAUGGGCUCUGCUGCGAUGGCUCUAUCGUCUGUCUCUGUGGUUGUUUCCUCUCUUCUACUCAAAUGUUACACUAAACCCACCGCAGAGAUGUUGGAGGCUCGACUGGGUAACAGCAGCAGGCGGCAGGGCAGCCUGUCUGAUGUCAGCAUCCACAUCGGCAUGGGUGACGUUCGUCGUCCCUCCCCCAAACUCAGCCUGCUGGACCGCAUCAUCACCUACAGCCGGGCCUCGAUCAACUCCCUGCGCUCCGACAGGCACUCGCUCAACAGUUUGGCUCUCAGUGAGCCGGACAAACACUCUCUGCUGGUGGGGGAGGCGCAGUGCGAGGAGUUCUGCUGAAUACGUAAGACUCACGUGGUCUUGCAAUGACUUUUGUGAGCUGGAGCAGAUAGUAACGGCCUUAAUUCAACACUAGGCCUCGCUGACAGGGUUUCUAUUGAAUAGUGGCCCAUCCAUCUGCUGUAGAUGCCUCAGGGCAGCACUGCUGACUUGCUUACAUGCCCCUUGUUUUCUUUUAGCUCACCCAGUGGAUCACAUGCACUUCAGAGCAUGUUUCUCCUCCUUCAGCAGCAGACUAUCUUUUGUUGAGGUAACCGCCCUCAGGCACCAACACAUUGACACGUGGGUCACUGUGUGAGUGUUCAGGGGCACGAAGCGUCUUUAAAGCCUUGAAGCAGGUGUCCACAUCCAGGAAACAGAGUGAUGAUCAGCUCUGCAGCUGUGGUCACCUGCAAGUACAAUCUUUAACAUCUAUCCAAAGACAUUAUAACAGUGGUGCUGCUUGUGAGAGUCGACACUACAGAGUUAUACUUUAAAGAAUUUUCCUAACGCGGAAAAGUAUAGUAACACUUGUAUUAUUCUAUUCCAGAGUAUUUAUGUUACCUUUAUUUAUCUUUUUUCAUUAUAUCCUGUGGAACAAUGAAGUUGUUGAAUCAAAAUGCCAAUCUUUUUUUUCAGUCUCCCAAAAUAUGUAAUUACUAAGCAGCAUAGAUACAAAAAACCUCAAUCUUAAGACUUGUUACUUGCUGCAAACUCAAAUUUGUGCAAACCAUCAGUGAAGUGAAACAGAAUGUGAGUUUGACCCAAGUGCCAUUUGAAAUGCAACAUCGGCAAAGUCCAACACAUUCCAAAGAUAACAUGGUAGUACAGAUGUUACCUUGGACACAAUGUGCACAAAGUGGGAACCGAGAUAAGGUCAAAGCAGAGAGGAAGAGCCGACUGAAUUGUGAAGCCGACUAUAGACUCUGCUCUGUGGUUGUGUCAUCCCUCUGCAUCUUUAGUUAACUAUACAACAUGUGUGUUAGUGAAUGUGAACAUUACUCAUUGUCAAACAGAAAUUAUUACAUGUGUGAAGUGUUGUUGGUGCUUGGGUUACUCAAUUUGCCUGCUGCAAACAUAAGGUUUGUGUUAUGAAAAGGCUGAACUGUAAAUGUGUUCUUUUUGCCAACGCACUCGGCACUUCUACAUUUCUGCUUUUUACGUAUGAUGAUUAUUUUUCAUGUUCUUGGUCCUUGAACUCUGAGAAGCAGGAACCCCAGCAGGUUCAGACUAAACACAACUGUGUCCCAACACCUCCACCAAAUGAGUUACUGAGAUACAAAAUUGACAUGAAAUCCAAUUGUACAGUUGUAAUUUUAAAUCACAUCUUGAAAUUGUUUAAGGAGAUUUAAAGUGAUCUCAAAGAUGUUUUUGCUUCACUUUCUGCUGUAUUGAAUCACUUUUGUGCAGCUAUACUAUGACUUUUGUGUCCAAACUUUUUGUGUGUUAUUGUCUGGUGGAGAAAAGAGCCAUCAGAUUGGCCUGCCGUUUUCCCAAGAUGCAUUGUGUUCACAGCUUCUGAGUGUCACAAUGACGAGAUGUAGUGUUGCGCAUUGCUUGGUGAAAAGGGUCCAUUCAGUUGUGUGUGUGCAGGUAAAUGAAGUGAGUCCAUGUUUCCCAUCUUUCAUUGUUCUUCUGAACAUUAUGUGCCUUGGAAUAAAACGUUUUUGUAACGUCA